AUGGCGGAGUCAUCGUUGUAUUCAAUCUAUACAUCGGUCAUCACAGGUUUGUUUUUGUUUUUUAAAAAAUAUAGGAAGGAUAAUAUAAUGUUUCCAAUUUUCACUAAAAAAAAAACAGAAAAACCUGAAUGAAACGAAAAACGGUAGAUUUUAUCGAAUAUUUCAUUAAACAAGGAUGUUAUUUUUUUGAAAAUCCUGACGAAGAUUUUUUUAAAAAUAACUAGCUUUUCGGAUAUGAGUUUUUCUAAUUUCUUCUAGGCUUCGAGUGGCUCGCUUCAGAAGAAAUCAAAUCCAAGCUCUCGGUCAAAAGUCAGAGAAGCCGUGGGAGGGUCCAGUUCAGGUUAGAGCCGAAGCGAAUCCCCGAAGUCCUGAAACUACGCUCCAUUGACAAUGCAUACGUGAUUGUUCUUGAGAAAACACUUCUCAAUUUGGGUAAACUGCCGGAGGAGGUUCAAAAGGAGUAUAGAUUCGCAGAGAAGAACAUUUUCAGGAAGCUCUGCGAGAAAUUCAAAAUUUGAUAAAAUCAGUCGACUGGGAGACGGCUGUGGACGCCUGGCAACUCGCGCACGGCAGAAAAAUUGCCCAUUUUGUAGGGCUCCCAGAAGAUCGAGAAAACUUGCCAAAGUUCAGGUUUUAUAUUCAAAAUUGGAUUCUUACUAAUAGGUUGUGCAGAGUUACAUGUUUCCGAGCUGGAGAGAAAAGUUGUCAUUCUUUUUCUUCGAUGGAUGCCGCGAAAUCACUAGGUUAUUGUCAGGGAAAGUUUAAAUUUCGGUUUACUUCCCACAGGAGCCGAAAUCAAUAAUACCUUCGGAUGGCGACCGGACAUGAAGAACUACGACAUUGAACUUGUUCUGCGUAUUAAUGGGGAUACGGUAGGCCUUGAGUCUUCUUCCUACGUCUUUGUAUUGUACCGCUUGAUCAACGUCGGUGCCCCAAAUCUAUGAGAGGAUUCCUAUCCUGAUAUCAGUGAUAAUCAGUGGACUGACUUUGGUGACCUAUCCGUGUGUUUUACGGCUGGAGAUUAUAAAGCCAAGGUUUCUUCUACUACCAAAAAUCCUUAACCCUCAUGGUUUGGUCCGCUGGGGAUCGAACUUGAGACCCUUUGGACCGUGGAUAGACAGACAACCUGUAGCGCUACGGCGCGCGAAAAGAGCCAAGAAUGAGAAAAAAAAGUUUCAUUACAGUUGAGUUUGAUGGUGGCGCUGAACAACGAGUCCCUUUUCAAGAGGAACGUCUGCGCCUACGGACCAACCACCAUGAGGUCGACCAUCUGCUACUGCAUGGUCGCAUUAGCCAAAACUAAACCUGGUAGGCACAAACUUUCAAGAAUAGAAAGGAACUUUAACAAUUUAAUAAGAAAGAAAAGAUUGAAUCGACAGAUGUGGACGGCGGAACAUUUAAAUUUUAAGUUCAAGAUGACCCAGAAAAAAAAAAUUGGAAAAGAAAAUUUCAGAAAUGGGUUUUUUCCAUUAAAAUUUUUCUAAAUCGAUAAUUUUGGCUAAAGUUAUCGAGUUUGAUGUUAAAAACUAUAGUGGUUUCGAUAGAGCGGUAAGACUGAUCUCUUGAAGAGUCGCUCAAAGAUUCUGAGUAUUAUUUUUAUUUUUAUUUUUUUAAUAUUUCGAGCUUUCUUCUAGAUACUAAACUCUAAAAAUUACCCAGGCUUUUUAGAUGAUAUUGUGUUGGAUCCAUUGUGUGGCGGUGGCUCGAUACCUCUUGAGGGAUCACUUGCCUUUCCGGACCGUGUCUUCUUCGGCGGAGACAAUCAUCCGCUCGCCUUGGAGCGAUGUCGAGAAAAUCAUGUGAUCAUUUGGCUCAUUUAACCUAUUUUCUGAUCAGAAAACGCGUAUAAUAAAAAAAAAUACCCCAAAGUUUCGUAUCAGAACCCAAGAAAAAAAUUAUCUCAGACUCAAAUUAAUUUCACUGGUUUAGGAUUACAAUAAAAAAAAGCUCGCCAACACUUCAAGUACUGUAAAUUUCUUCCAAUGGGACGCGGCAGCCUUGCCUUUGAAAGACGACUCCGUCGACGCCAUCGUGACAGACUUACCGUAUCAGCUUAUUACAGUACCUUUUGAAAAUGUGCACGGUUUACAGAUUUGGAAAGAAAAUUGGGUCGAAGAAAAAUAACCAAGGACUCUACACCUUGCUUUUCGAAGAAUGGGCGAGAGUCGUUCGGCCAGGCGGCUCUGUCGUCGCUUUGACUUCCGAUAAGAGGAGUAUUGGUGAGUUUAAAGUGAUACAUUUGUAUAUGCAUUAUUUGCGAGUUUUUAAAAAUAGACCUUGAGAAAAAACUGCAAAAAGGCGCUAAAAGUAUGCGCCUGGAUAUUUUCAUUUAUUUCGAAAAAAGACCCUCUUAGGUUAGUUUUUUUUCUGUCCGUGGCGCUUUUAGCUGGAACCUCAGGAUGUCCCUUUUCGAAAAAUUUGAAGUCGUUCAGGCUCAUAUAUGGGCAAGUACAUGAGCUCUUUCAGACCGGGAGGUUAAAUUUCAGAAAUUUUGAAAAGUUAGGAAUAAAACCAAGUUUCAGCCCCAGGGAGACAGUAUUAAAUUCAACUGAGGAAAACUUGGGAGGAGUGGAAUUUUCUAUCUAUUAGAUUUUAUCCCCAUUUUUAUUUAUGAAAAUUAUGUUUCAUAACAUUUCUUUGAUGAAGAUGUUAGUUUUUCAAUUUUUUUAUUUUUUUAAUCCUUGAAUUGUGAGAUCCUUCUCACUCCAACUACAUACAUUUUUCAGAAACGGCAAUGCGAAACAGCCAAGUUUGGAAAAAUCACGGAGACUCUCUUGGUAAACAUUGGCGGUCGAAUUAUUCCAUGCUAUCUCAUUAA